CGUCGGGAUACUUGGGAGGUUGGCUUUGGGGAUCGCGCUUUCGAUUUAUGCCUGAGGAGGCUCCCGAGACGGCCUCCAGACCGGGCUCGGCGGGCUUGUGUUCCCUGCUGUCAGAGUAUAGCGGGACUGUGCAGGACGGCCAAAUAGACCGUCUUGGCCCCACCCCUGUGAGGCUGUUUGGAAACCUCCAGUUUGUCCCAAUAAUCGUACAUUUGCCCUGCUGCUGAGAACGUCCGGAGCGUCCGUGACUAAGUUGGUGGAACAUUUCUUUUUUUAGUUUUAGUUUAGAUGAUUAGUUUUUAAGAAGUUAGAAAUUAACCAUUCUGCCCAUCAUUCUUUGAGUUAUUGCUUCUAACACCACCAUCAAUAAACACACACACACACACACACACACACACACACUCUUCUUCAAGUAUGAGUGUAUUCUAAGUCCAAGGAUAGAAGGAAGGAAGACCAGGGCGAGUCCUGUGCAUGUGUCCGCGCAGGCUGAAGAGUCUGCUUGAAGCAGAGUGCGCCAGAAACUCGUGAACUUAUGGUCCAUCCUUGUGCUGACUAGUUUUUAUGACAUCUUGACGAAAGCUAUAGUCAUCUGAGAGAAGUGACCUGCCACUGAGGAAAUGCCUCUUUAUAGUACCUAGCUGCUUCCUGCCUCCAGGUUCCUGCCCUGCUUGAGUUCCUGCCCUGUCUUCCUUUGAUGAUGACCAGUGGUGUUAUUCAGAUAAACCCUUUCCUCCCCAAGUUGCUUUUUGGUCAUGGUGUUCUGUCACAUCGAUAGUAACCCUAGCUAAGACAGAAAUUGGAUCCCUCGGUGGGACGUUGCUGUCACAGACCUGACCGUGUUAUCUCGAGAGGCUUGUGAAAGGACUUCAGGCCUGGAAGAUAAGAACACUAGGAGCAGGCAGUCGAUGGAGGCCUGGCUCAUGACGUCUCAGAGGGAAGCAAACUUGGCCUUUUGUGUGAAGAAUCUUUGGUGUCUGGUCAGGUGGAACUGAAUAAUCAUCUGUGCUUAAGAAGAAGUGACGUCUUCUGGGCAGUGUUUCCCCAGGGCCAGCGCACAGAAGCUGUGUUCCGGAAGUGGACGAGAUCACCUCGUUCUGGCUGCAGGCUUGGGAGGAGUUCUGGACGCGGAAUUUGGUACAAGCUGCUAACCUGACUGUGGUUCCAUUCUGGACCUGGCUGCAGUAGCCCCGGAGGGGAAUAACAAAAGAAACGAUUGUGACUGCAGCGUGAGAGUUCAAGCCGUUGGCUCGAUACUGGAAAAAUAAAGAAUCCUGUCAGAUUCAUUCUCCUGUCUGUAGCAAUGUUAGCCUCAAGAAAGAAGAUGGCCAGUUCUUCGCGCUCACAGGUCCUUCUAAUGUUGAAGCCAGACAAGGUUCAAAAUGGACCCUGCAGUGUUGAGAAGCAGACCCUCGAUCCAAGACUCGUGCGUGACACUGAAACCUGUCGACAGAAUUUUAGGAAUUUCCCAUACCCGGAGGUGGCAGGUCCCCGGAAAGCACUGAGCCAGCUCCGAGAGCUCUGCCUGAAGUGGCUGAGACCUGAGGUUCACUCCAAGGAGCAAAUCCUGGAGCUGCUGGUGCUGGAGCAGUUCCUGACCAUCCUGCCCGGGGAGGUUAGGACCUGGGUAAAUUCUCAGUACCCAGAGAGCAGCGAGGAAGCGGUGGCUCUGGUGGAGGAUGUGACGCAGAUUCUAAAGGAGGAAGCUCCUCAGAGUUCUGCCCUUCCCCAAGAAGUCCCAGAGGAAGACCCCAAACGCCCCUUCCAGGCAGGGUGGCUCAGCGACUUGGUGACCAACGAAUCGAUGACAUUCAACGACGUGGCUGUGGACAUCACGCAGGAGGACUGGGAACUCAUGCGCCCCGUUCAGAAGGAACUGUAUAAGACUGUGACAUUACAGAACUAUUGGAACAUGGUUUCUCUAGGGCUGACCGUGUACAGGCCAACUGUGAUUCCCAUCUUGGAAGAGCCGUGGAUGGUGAUAAAAGAGAUUGUAGAAGGCCCUAGUCCAGAAUGGGAAACGAAAGUUCAAGCACAUAUUCCUUUGAAGGAUCCUCCUAAACUGAAGCAGGAUGGAACCCAGACCAUCAAAUUGGAAGAGCCCUGUGACGACGAUGACAGCUUAGAGAUGCCGCCAGUAUAUGCCUUCGGGAAGAUUCAUAUGGGCGAAGAGGAUUUCAGUUUGAAGUCAGAGCUUUCAGAAGAAGACUCUACAGAAGACUAUCUUAGUAAAUAUGAUAUAUAUGGAAAUAAUUUUGAAAAGCACACGAACCUAAUUGUACAGUUUGAUACCCAUUCAGAUAAUAAAACUUCUCUGUAUAAUGAAAGCAAGCCAACGUUCAGGAGUGUGUCCUCUGGUGUUGUUGUUCAUGGGAAAAUACGUCCUGGAGAUAAGCCUUAUUCAUGUAAUGUCUGUGGAAGAAAAUUUAGGAAAUACCCGUCACUCCUGGCACACCGAAAUAACCAUGCCAAAGAGAAAGCUUACGAAUGUGAAGAAUGUGGGAAAGAAUUUAAGCAUAUCUCAUCCCUCAUUGCACAUCAGAGAAUGCACACUGGAGAAAAACCAUAUGAGUGCCACCAGUGUGGGAAAGCCUUCAGCCAGCGUGCACACCUCACCAUACACCAGAGAAUCCAUACGGGAGAAAAGCCCUACAAGUGUGACGACUGUGGAAAAGACUUUAGUCAGCGGGCACAUCUUACCAUACAUCAAAGGACACAUACUGGGGAGAAACCCUAUAAAUGUCUGGAAUGCAGUAAGACCUUUAGCCAUAGUUCAUCGCUGAUUAAUCAUCAGAGAGUUCAUACUGGAGAAAAACCUUAUAUAUGCAAUGAGUGUGGGAAAACUUUCAGCCAGAGUACACACCUUCUCCAGCAUCAAAAAAUCCAUACUGGGAAAAAACCAUAUAAGUGCAACGAGUGUUGGAAAGUGUUCAGCCAAAGCACUUACCUUAUUCGACAUCAGAGAAUCCAUUCUGGAGAGAAGUGCUAUAAAUGCAACGAAUGUGGGAAGGCCUUUGCCCAUUCCUCAACUCUCAUACAACAUCAGACCACUCACACCGGCGAGAAAUCCUACGUGUGCAGCGUGUGUGGGAAGGCCUUCAGCCAGAGUGCUAACCUGACCCAGCACCACAGGACACACACGGGAGAGAAGCCGUACAAAUGCGGCGUGUGCGGGAAGGCCUUCAGCCAGAGCGUGCACCUCACCCAGCACCAGAGGAUCCACAACGGCGAGAAGCCCUUCAAGUGCAACACAUGCGGGAAGGCGUACAGGCAGGGCGCAAACCUGACUCAGCACCAGAGGGUGCACACCGGGGAGAAGCCCUACAAGUGUAACCAGUGUGGCAAGGCUUUCAUUUACUCCUCGUCUCUCAACCAGCACCGAAGAACCCACACCGGAGAGAGGCCCUAUAAAUGUAGCCACUGUAACAAAGAUUUUAGCCAGAGGACAUGCCUGAUUCAGCACCAGAGGAUUCACACGGGGGAGAAGCCCUACGCGUGCCGCAUCUGUGGGAAAAGCUUCACGCAGAGUACAAACCUUAUUCAACAUCAGCGCGUGCACACGGGUGCCCGACACCGCAAUUAGCGGACAAGGGAGGCUUGGCUUACGCUUUAAAGCCUGAUGGCUUAAAUUUCAUUUUGUGUGCCGUGUCAAAAGACCCAAAAGGAAUCUGAAGCAGUGCAAUAGCUAGAUGCUGCAGUAUCGGAAGUACCAGAGUUAGUACAGUGGCUCUCGUCCAUUUAGAUUUAGUGUGAAACUUAAAAGCUUCGUCAACCGUUUAGCUUUUAUCUGAUAUCACUUGAAGUCAUUCCAGAAAGAAAUACUAUGAGAGGAUAUUUUAAAACCCGUGACUCAUCAACUCUUAGUAAAUUUCAAGUAUGUUUUAUUGAGGCCUUAUGAAUAUAACCUGGGAGAGCAUCCGGCAAGUAGAUCUCACACUAGAGAGUAACCCUGACAUCAUAGGAAAGAAGAUCGAUGCUUCGGGCCUUUGCUUCAUCCUAGCUUUGAAGCCUUAAGAUAACCAAAAGGUCCCUCCCAUUUUUUCACUCCCUCUUUUCCCAUUGCAACUGAAGCCAGUAAGCUUGAGGAGAAGAAAGACCUGGAAGGAUCUUAAACCGUGACCACUAUUAACUACACUUCCUCCGGGAAGAGAAGGCAGUCUGAUAAGAUGGAGGGUCAUUGCAUACAAACCCCUAGCCAUGUGUAAACUCAGACACAGAUUAAACACCCAAGCCCAAAGUCAUCUUUAGCACAGCAGUAUUUUUAGUUUCACUUGGUUUUGACGUCCAGUAUUACCCUGAAGGAAAAAGAGACUGUUCCCAUUUUUUUUUCUACCUGGCUUUUAAAUUGACAAGUUUUCUCAUGGCUCUUACUGUAGCAAAGCCAUUUCUUCCAUUGAAACACAUUUCUUGAGAGCCUACUGUGCUCAAGACACAAACUUCUUGAUUGAACCCUUUCGGUUAACAAAGAUCUUUAGAGUAAAGAAAAGGUAAGGACAUGUUCCUAACUGCUUUGUCACGGAGCAAGCACAAUCCUACCUAAACGGGUUGCCAAACGCUACCCUAAAAGCCAUGUUGAGUGAGCAAUGGACAUGGCAAGACAUGUGAGAAUAAGUAAUGGAAAAUAGGUUUGAGGCCAGCACAGAGGUGGCAAGAGAAAACGAGGGUGGAAAGGAGUACAGAGGGAGGUGUGCAAAAAGCUGAUGUGACAGGAAGUAUAAUUGGACCCACUUUGCCUAAGGAAAUAAUACUGGUAAAACAGAAAAUGUACCAUAUUUAUAAGAAGCUAAAAAGGAAAUUAUUUUCAGGAAUAAUUAGAAGCCUAGUACUCCUUCACACAUGGAAGUAAAAUAGAAAUUACACUUAAUGUGCUAGAAAAACUUUUUAUUGGAAAAAGCCUUGGCACAGAGACCAUUGUUAAUUAGUAAUCAUUAAACAAUAACUGAGUUUAUGGGUCUUAAACAGCAUAAAAGGAAGACUAGCAGGAACCAAAUUUUUAAGUUACUGUUGUAUUUACCGUCCAUAGUGUCAUGCUCUCAGAACGUACAGCUGAGCUUCAUCUCGCUCGUUCUUGUUUCUCCAGUGCCUUGCAUAUGAUCAAUAUAUGUUGGUUGAAUCGAUGAGUAAAUCAUACAGAUUAGAGCUGAGUAGUAAGGUAGAGUCGCCGGGAUAGGGAGAAAAUUGGUGAGACUGAAAAUAAUGUCUGUGUCCGUGUAUCUCAUGUUUAGCAAAAACUGUUUGCUUAAGAAUGGAGAAUCAGAAGUUGAGGCCAUCAUUGCCCAGUGAAAGCUCUCUUACCCACCUGAGCGGAAACAAGCUCUUGCACCAUAAAUACCUAAGCUCAUAUCGACAACAGAGCAUCUCAAGACCCCACAGGGGGAUUGAAGAAAAGGUUGAGGCACUGGCAUUCUAAAGCUAUCUUUGUAGGAGUGUUUUCUUAAUGAAACUGUCACUCUCUCCUUUCCUGACAUUAAUUACCCUUGACUUCAUAGUAUUCACAAAAUACCGGUUAAAAAAAAAAAACCCUCAGAUUAUGCUUACUCCAGUUAUGUUAAGAAUAACAAAUGUGUUUACUAGAUGAUUUUGAUGUUGCUUCCUGCCUUUCAUAACGCUUUUCUCCACUAGGAUGAGUGUGGUGUGGUACAGGCCAUAGGGCAGUACUUUGUUUCCUGCCUUUGUGUAUUUCAUGUAAAUAAUGCAUAUGAAGUCUUCCACUGGUACACAGAGGCAAGUAAGGCUCCUAUAAAAAAUAGAAAGAGAUUAAUAGUACAGAAUACUGUUUUUAUGUGGGUUUCCCUCAUUUUAAAGUUGCCCUUCAAGAGGUUUUUAGCAAGUAUUUCCUACAACUUUUUAUCAGGAACAUUGCUAAAUAUGUAAGAGUUUAGAAAUCAUCCUGUCAACCAUACCUAGCACCUAAAUUUUAAAGUUAAUAUUUUGCCAUAUUGAAGAGUAAAGACAUUUCACCUCCAAAUUAUCUCAUAAAAUUAGCUCAUUCACAUAGCUACACUACCUCAAAGCACCUAGGCCAUUUUCUGAUUUCCCCUGUUGAGCCACUCAGUUUCUGCACACCCUUUAUUUUGUCUGUGUCUUCUACCGAAACAGUCCCUCUUGGUUUUCCUUUGUUUUCAGGGUGUGCUGAUAGUAUAUGGCUUGCAUGUGAUACAGUAUAUGUCCUCCUAUAAAUUAGGAGUUGAGGCCAAAGGCUUAACUGAGCUCAGGUUAAACAUCUUUAACCGAAGUAUUUCACAGCUGUGUUUCCUCCUGCAUUGCCAGAACUCACCGUCGGGCCAACACACGGCUCCUGCAUCACCAGAAGUCACCGUUAAGCCAACACAUGGCUGAUGAGGUGACGUUUCGCUGUGGAGGUGGUAACCACCACACUGUCCCAGUGUAAUUCUUCCGGUCAUGGUUAACUGUCUGUGAACUGACGCUUCGGCAGUGUGGCUGUCCUCCUUACCAACAUUUUUGUACACAGUCAUAUUGUUACUUAACGGUAAUCUUUGCCUGAGUCAGUCUUUUCAUCAAGGUCUACGAGACAAGUUAUUUUCCUAUUGCUCUUUCCACAGUAGCCGAAAAUGCGUUAGAAGCAAGUUUGCUCAGCUUUUUCACUGACUAAGUGGUUUGGGAGUUUUCUGUGUUGACAACAGCUGAGUCAUGUUAGUCCAUUACAGCCCCUGUUUCUGUUCACCAGUCUGGCAUUGCCUCUCUAGUCUCUGGGUGCGGGCACUUUCCUGCCUUCCAGCCUGUGAUAUCUCAAGUCCAUCCUACCUUUCCACUGCCCCAAACUUGGAUGGAAACAGCUCUGCUGAAACUCCUGGCUCCUUUUUAUAAGUGCCUUUUUUUAGAAACAAGAUCUGGGCACUAACACACUCCUCGAAUCUGGAGUGGCAUUAGCAAGUGUUUCCAACCAACUUUAUUUAUCUUCCCUCAGUUCCUCAGUUAUGCAGUGUGUAAGUAGGUAAUGGGGAAUGCAGUUUUACAAACGGGGUAUCGGGACAAACUGACAGGUCUCACUAAGCAUCAAAGCAAAUCGAAGAACAGUCGUGUGCACUGAAAGGAGCAAAUGUGACCGUGAAAGGCCUGGAGCAAGGUCACCGGGGGAAUGGAGCGCGUCAGAUAAUCUGGUAGUGGGUUACAUGCAGGGCAGUUUUGAAAGAAGCGGGUGUGUGCUCACUGCCACACUUUCUGUUGCAUCUCAAUCACUUCAUAAGCUAGUAACACCUUCUGUCGAUCUUAUUUGUGGUGCUGGUUUGAACUUAGGGCCUCACAGGUUAAGCUGAUGCUCUACCACUGAGCCACACCUACCGUAUUUCUUUGUGUGUGAUAUAUAUGUACGUGUAUAUGUUCAUAUGCACACAUGGGUGUGAAAGCCACAGGUCAGUAAUGGAUGUUUUCCUCAAUUGUCCUCCACCUUAUUUUUUUAUUCACUUUUUUUAUUUUAUGUAUAUGGGUGUUUUGCUUGCUUGUCUAUCUGUGCACAGUAUGCAUUCAGCCUUGUAGGGGCCAUGGAAUUACAGAAAGUUGUCAGUCACUACGUGGGUUCUGGGAAUUGAACCCUGGUCCUCUGGUUGAGUGGCCAGUGCUCUUAACCGCUAAGCUAUCUCUCCAGCCCUCCACCUUCUGUAUUGAGACUGGGUCUUUUCACUGAACCUGAAACUCGUAGAUUCUACUCAACUGGCUGAACAAUAAGCCCCGAAUUCAUCUGUCUUUAACUCCUCAGUACCACAUGCUAGCACAUCUGGCUUUUCCAUGUAUGCCGGGGAUUUGAACUCAGGUCCUCGUGGCUACUCAGCAGGCACUCUACCAGCGGCUGUCUCUCCAGCCCCUGCAUCACAUUUCUUAAGCUAGCUCUCUGAGGAUCUGUUGAGUGCAAACCUAAGUAGUGUUUUAUCUGUUUGAGACAGGGUCUCGCUGUGUAGCCCAGACUGGAACUCAUCCUCCUGCCUCAGCCUCCAUGGAGCUAAAAUUAUUGCAUGUAGCACCCAUAGGCUUAGCAAUAGCUUUGGUUUUGUUUGACUAAGUCUUAGUACUUAAACCUUUACGGUGU